CACUCAGGUGAAGAUGGGAGGCAAGUGACAUCACCCCCUGCUUCCCUCUCACACGGAGCACACAAACAGCAUGGAUGGAGGGUGAGAAGAGGAGCCUGUCUGUCCUACUGCUGCUGGAGGAAGAUGGAGGGAGAAAAACAUCAGACUGUACAG